CCCCGUCACGGGUCGUUGGACGAUGGUUCAACAGAAGCGCUCGCAAUUUAAGAGUUGGUAAAGCGGACGGAGAAUGACUACGGUGAUGGCGGUUAUGUCCAAGUGGAUUAUCUGAGAGGCAGGUUGCCGUUUGUCUACAUGUCUUGUGAGCUGCGAAGAUCUGGAUGAACUUAGGAGCAUAAAGAGGCGCUGAGCCCACUUGCAAAGCAUGAGUUUUCGCUCACUCGACAUCAUCACUCCAUCGGGCAUUUUGCGGCAUCUUUCAGAUCAUUGAUUCUUAUCAUCCUAAACCACACUAGCAUUUGCGUCGAAUUCCCGAGACAGUCAUUAUGGCGCUCCCACCUCCAGAGCUAGAUGUCAGGACCCCUAUUGAUACUAUCCAGCCUCAGUCUGAGGACUUGAUAUCAGAUACUGAAGGACUUUUUGAUUUUAUCAUCAAAUCCCUUAAGACUCUGGCAGAUCUAUCGGAUUCCAACACCGCCGGAUGGAAUGCUUUGGCCGGAAAGAUGGCUGAGUGCAAGGUCAAGUGGGACGCUUGGUACGCCGGGUUCGUGGAUCGUGAACAAUUUCUCCAGAAAGAAGAACAAUGGAAUGGCAAUGGGCGAUACAGUUACCUGUAUCUCACUCGGACAGCCACUAAGCUUUGCGAUGCUCUUUCAGAACUGAAUGAUUGGGUUGAUGCACUCGCCAACGCCUUUGCGCUCCUGAAGCCAGGUGUGAAGGUGACCAUAUCGGGCCGUGUCCGGACCUACACCACUACAUUGGAAGACGCCCCAGUGGAAACCGCCAAGAUGAUUUUCACAGUUGCGUGCCGACUUCUGGAUUGUCAACGCUCCAACAACUUCAUCCAAAAAGGUCAGGCGAUGACAGACAAGCAACUAAAAGAGCUCGAAAAACGCACAGAGAACGCCGUAGUCGAGGAGAUGAAGGGCGACUCAUAUCUUCAAUUUCUCAAGAAGAGUCCAGCCCACGACGAUGCCAAGGCGUGGGAAAAGUAUCUACAGACACUCCGCCCGCAACCCAUCAGUCAAGUUAUUGAGGCCAUGAAGAAAGAGCAAGCCUCUCAACGCGGCAAAAGCACUUAGUCUGAUACCGCAGGAUCUCAGGGAACGAGUACCAAUCGGGCACGGGACCCCGGCUCGACUUCGGCCCUCUUUGGUGGACAGGUGGCACCGCGGUCCUAGGUCUACGAAGAGUUGCCAUCAGGAACAGAACGUCAUGUUCAUCCUUCUUCUUUCUCAAGGUUUUCAUCCAUUGGCCACCCACCUUCGUC